AUGGCACAAGCACUUCCAGACAACGCUGAUUUCUCUGAUGAGGAAGAAGUCAGUCUACUAGACCAGAACUUCAACAAAGCAUCUGAUUACGUCAGGAAGAUAACAUCCAACUUGAAUAAUAAUCAACUUUUAGAACUGUAUGGCUUGUACAAACAGAGUACUGAAGGCAUAUGUAACACACCCAAACCAGGAUGGCUGGACGGCAAAGGAAGAAAGAAAUGGGAAGCUUGGAAAUGUCUGGGAGAAAUGCCUAGUGAAGAAGCUAAACAAAAGUAUAUAGAUUUAGUUCAAAAGCACGAUCCUAAUUGUGAAUUGGCCGUCCAAAAUACAUCAAGGGAAAGCUGGGCUGCUGUGUCUUCGUUGCAGCAUGAUAUUGAACCAGAAUUGAUACACAAAGAUAUGUCACUGUUAGACGCUGCUAGGGAAGAUAUGGCCGAACUUGUCAAAGAACUUCUAACAGAGAAUCCAUUACUAAAAGAUUAUAAAGACGAGGAUGGAUUAUCGGCUCUUCAUUGGGCAGCCGAUAGAGAUUCAAUAUCUGCACUCGUAGCUGCGCUUGAAGGUGGCUGUGAUGUUAAUGCUGUUGAUACUUUUGGUCAGACUGCACUACACUAUGCUGCUUCUUGUGGGCAUGUUAAGUCCACACAAAUCUUGAUAGACUUUGGUGCGGAGAUCAUUAAAGAUAACGAUGACUGUACACCAUUAGACGUGGCCGCCGAUGAUGAGGUUAGGAAAAUUCUGGAAAGUGCUGCCUCUUAG